AUGAGGAAGGUGGUGGUGGCGGCUAUAACAGUGGGUGCAGCAGCAGUCGGCGUGGCAGUAUUUUUGAGGCAUUGGGAGCAGCAGAGAGAGCGGCGAUUGAGACAAACAAAACGAAUUCUUCGCAAAUUCGCCAACGAUUGUGCCACUCCGGUGGCUAAACUAUGGAACAUAGCCAAUGACUUGGCCUCGAAAAUGGAAUCUGGGCUUUCAUCGGAGGAAAGUACAAUGGGGAUGCUUGUUUCUUACAUCGCACCACUCCCUACAGGUGAAGAGAAAGGAAUAUAUUAUGGGAUAAAUCUACGAGGAACAAAUUUUCUUAUGAUCCGAGGGAGACUUGGAGGGAAGAAUUUACCUAUUUCUGAAUUGCAAAGGGAAGAGGUUGCAAUUCCUUUGACUGCAAUGGAUGGAGAUUCUACCAAAGAAUUAUUUGAUUUGAUUGCGGUGGAGCUAGCGAAAUUUAUUUCAGUACAUAGUGAAAUUGAUGGCAAGGCAGAAUCAAGAGAAAGAAAAUUGGGAUUCACUAUUUCAUUCCCAGUGGAGGAAGAUGCAAGAUCCUCAGGCUCUGCCAUUAAAUGGAGAAGUUUAUCAGUCAAUGACAUAGUUGGCAAGGAAUUGAUGAAUGACAUCAAUCAGGCCCUGGAGAAGCAUGGUAUAGACUUGCGGGUUUUUGCACUAGCUAAUGAUACUACUGGGGAUUUAGCUGGAGCAAGAUACUACAGCAAAGAGAAUGUGGCUGCAAUAACUUUAGGAAUGGGAACAGAUGUUGGAUAUGUCGAAUCAGCAGAACAAGUUCCAAAAUGGCAUGGCCAAUCACCCAAUUCUGGAGAAAUGAUUGUAAAUAUGCAAUGGGGAAACUUCAGUUCCUCCCAUCUCCCGUUUACAGAGUUUGAUGCCUCUUUAGAUGCUGAGAGCUCAAAUCCUGGUAGCAGGGUAAAAUUACUGCAGUCAAUUAAUUGA